AUGGAUCACAAAUUAAAAAAUGUCUCUUUAUUUACAACUUCUCAUUUUCAGAACCUCGAGGAACGUGAAUGGUUGGCCUUACAUUUCGAACAACUUAAUGCCCAGUCACAACAAUAUCUGACAAAUGACAAUCGUAAACAGAUUGCCGAAUUACUUAUUAAAUCACAAGCCUGGGAUAAUUUUAUGGCAACAAAAUUUCCCACUGUCAAACGUUACGGUGGUGAGGGUGCUGAAAGUUUAAUGGCAUUCUUUUGGCAAUUACUGCGCAAUAGUGUACAAGAUGAUCUCAAACACAUUGUUGUGGCAAUGCCACAUCGCGGACGUACAGAGUUACAAACUGUUCUAUUAAAUAUGAGACCAGCAAAAGUUUUUCGCAAACUAAGUGGAGAAUCUGAAUUUCCAGAAGAUUGCCAAGCCAUGUCAGAUGUAAUAAGUCAUUUUCAUGUAUCGGAAGAUUUAAAUGUGGAGGGUAAAAAUAUACAUUUUAGUAUGGUGAGAAAUCCCUCACAUCUGGAGGCUGCUAAUCCCGUUGCUAUGGGUAAAACUCGUUCUAAGCAACAAUCUUUAAAGGAUGGUGAUUUUAGUGAUGAAGCCGGAAAACCUUUCGCCUCUUCUGUACUUAAUGUUAUACUUCAUGGCGAUGCUGCCUUUGCCGGUCAAGGUAUUAAUCAGGAAUGUUUAAAUAUGGCCUAUGUGCCACACUUUGAAAUUGGUGGCAGUGUUCAUUUGAUUGUUAAUAAUCAAGUGGGUUUUACUACACCCGGUGAUAGAGGCCGUUCCACCGAUUAUACUUCUGAUUUAGCUAAAACUAUACAAGCUCCCGUUUUACAUGUGAAUGGUGAUGAUCCCGAGAUGGUUGCUUUAGUUACGAAAUUGGCUUUCGAAUAUCAACGCCAGUUCCGCAAGGAUAUUUUCAUUGAUAUGAAUUGUUUCCGUCGUUGGGGUCACAAUGAAUUGGAUGAUCCCACUUUUACCAAUCCAUUAGUAUAUGCCAUUGUCAAUAAUCGCAAGACCGUUCCCGAUUUAUAUGCUGAAAAACUUAAUGAACAAUCCAUACUCUCCGCUGAAGAGGCUAAAAAAAUCCACAACGACUAUAUGGACUAUUUAAGCGAAGAACUUUUAUUGGCUCCUAAAUACAAACCUGAACCAUCUUACUUUCAAAGACAAUGGAAACAUCUUACUACAGCUUCAGAUAAUAUAACCUACUGGGAUACUGGCCUUGAUUAUGGUUUACUAAAUUACAUUGGACAGCAGAGUGUAAAAUAUCCUGAAGGCUUCAAUGUUCAUCCACAUUUGAAGAAGACUCAUAUUGAGGGCAGAAUUAAAAAACUGAAUGCUGGCGAAAAAAUUGAUUGGUCAACUGCAGAAGCUUUAGCAAUUGGCAGUCUUAUGUAUCAGGGUUAUAAUGUACGUAUAAGUGGUGAAGAUGUAGGACGUGGUACUUUCUCACAUCGUCACGUUAUGUUGGUUGACCAGGAGACAAAUGAAAUGUUUAUACCAUUGAAUGAACUCAAAGGUGGUCAUGAUGGUAAAUUGGAAGUGGCUCACAGUAUAUUGUCUGAAGAGGCUGUAUUGGCAUUCGAGUAUGGUAUGGCCAUUGAUAAUCCAAAUAACUUGAUAAUAUGGGAAGCUCAAUUUGGUGAUUUUGCCAAUGGUGCCCAGAUUAUUAUUGAUAAUUUUAUUAUCUCUGGAGAAACCAAAUGGAUGGAUUCGAAUGGUUUAGUUUUGCUUUUGCCUCAUGGUUACGAUGGUGCUGCCUCGGAACACAGUUCUUGCCGCAUUGAACGUUUCUUGCAGUUGUGUGAUUCGAAAGAAUGUGCUGCCGAUAGUGAUAAUGUUAACGUACAAGUUGUCAAUCCCACUACACCUGCUCAAUAUUUCCAUGUCUUGCGUCGCCAACAAAUACGCAACUUCCGUAAACCUUUGGUUAUAGUUGCUCCCAAGGUGCUAUUGCGUUUAUCGGCUGCCACUUCUUCGUAUACCGAUUUCACCGAAGGCACUCAUUUCCAUAAUGUUUUGGGCGAUAAAACCGUUCAUCAAGAUUCAGUUAAACGGGUUAUCUUGUGUUCUGGCAAACAUUAUUAUAAUUUGGCCGACGAAAGACAGGCCCAAAAUAUUCAAGAUACUGCCAUCAUUCGUGUCGAAUCAUUGUGUCCAUUCCCCGCCUAUGAAUUACAGCAGGAAAUUGCCAAAUAUAAGAAUGCUACAAGUAAGUGUUUUAUAUGGAGAUCUAUUUGGCUUAUUGCUUUUUAG